GCUCCGAUUGCGACACACGCUGCUUCUCAGCUCAAGAUCAAGCUGAACUCACGGAUUUUUUCGUCAAGCCUUGCGAAGCUCGAAGGCCGAGCUAAGGACUUUGGGUUGUGGAGCAAGUUAAUGACCUUGAGAUUUGAUGAAGAACUAGGUUCUCAAGGCUUUGACCUGAAAUAAAAGAUGGCAUCAGGAUCUCCACCUCCCCCGAAGGAGCAUGGGAUUUUUCCAGGCACCUACGAGGAACUGCAUAAGGCAGCUAGAGAAAUCAUGCCGAUGCCUUUUGAAGGAAUUAAAUUGUCGUCAAACGCCGCAUCAACGCCACACUUCCAAGCGUCACAUACACUAGCACUUACCGGCUCUCAGCCGUCCUCUUACAAAUUUGGUGCCACCUACGUUGGCGACAAUCAAGGCCCUGAGCCUGGAGAUCAAUUUCCUGUUUUAGUCAGUGAGAUGGACACAUCCGGCUCAUUGAAUGCGCAAGUCAUACAUCAACUCACAGAAAGGAUGCGGGGCAGAUUUAUCCUACAGACGGAAGGUACAUCAUGGGAGAACCUACAAAUGGAUGCUACAUACUCUGGGCGCGAUUUUUCGCUGACAGCUGUCGCUGCAAAUCCCGAUCCGUUGUCUGCAGCAGGCACAUUUGUUGGCCAGUUCAUGCAGGGAAUCACGCCGAAUGUCGGUCUUGGCACUGAGCUGCUCUACUCUAAAUCGGCGCAGGGCGAAAAGGCUCGCCUCUCGUUAGCAGGACUUUUCCGUGGUCCUCGGUGGCAGCUGGCUGCAUCUGCUAAUCCUUCAUCGCUUACCGCAUCGUACUACUUGAAGCACAGUGAUACCGUACAGUUGGGCGCCGAGUUGAACGCUAACUUUGGCGACACUAUGAAGCACACUGCUCUGAUGGUCGGCUACAAGCUUGAUGUGCCCGUUGCUAACAUGACGUUCCGCGGCAUGGUUGACACGAACUGGACGGUCGGUUCAGUGUUUGAGAAGCGCCUGGCUCCUUACCCGUUCCUCUUCAGUCUCAGCGCUAUGCUUAGCCAUGAACAGAAUGCUGCCCGUGUUGGUGUGGGUCUCACGAUUGGAUGAGAACUUCUUCACAGUGAACUGUUUUGUGUAUGGUUGUUAAAUAUUUUUAAUUUUUUUGGUGAACCUAAGGGCAUGUUCGAUUGGUUGGAUCCGGAUCAAGUGGAUCCUUUGGAGCCACCAAAGUCCAAUAAAACGCUGCCCUUGAUCAAACCUGGAAUUUUUGUGAUUUUUGAGGUUUUCCAUGAGAGAAAGCAACGAUUUCCGCAUCAUCACUUCUGCUCCCGCCAUUAUCAUGUACACAGUACACAGUACGAUUUUUGGCAAAAAAAUGAAUCUGGUGGAUCCGGUUAACCGGUUGAUUGAUCCGAAUCCGUUGGAUCUGGAUCCGGAUUCGUUGAAACGACCGUGCGCAUAUCGAAUGGAUCCGAUUGAUCUGGAUCCGAACCCAACCAAUCGACCAUGCCCUUAGGCCAUGCAACCAUUUUGAGAACUUCUGUACUGUCGUAGUUUCAUCAGCCUUGUCAUUUACUGCCUCGACAUACGGUUGGUUUGGCUAUGUGUAGUGUUGAGCAUCUCAAUGCCUAGGUGGUGAUCAAGUAAAUUAAUAGUUAUGAUGGUUUCUUUCAUACCUAACCAACGUUCUGUUUCUCAAUCCAA